AACCUGCCGAUUUCUACCGAUUUCUGCCGAUUUCUUCGCGCCGAUUUCUACUGAUUUCUGCCGAUUUCUUCGUUCGUGCUUCUCACCAUUGCCGAUUUUUCUCUCCUGUGCAUCUUGCUCGCCGAGUCGCCGAGUCGCCGAGGAUCUCCUGCUCCGAGCCCUCUCAACAGAACAAAUUUGAAUAUGAAAAGACAAACUUGGUGAUUGCGGAGGUAGAGCGGCUUGCCAUGAGAGCUAUUCGAGAAGGAAGGUGUAAGAUGAGGAGGCAUUGGAAACAACUCGGGGGACUUGGAAAUAAAGAUUCACCAAAAAGGAAGCCGUACAAGGGAGUAAGCCAAGAUGAUUGGGAUUUUCUUUGUAAUUAUUUUGGCACAAAAAAACAAAUGGAAAUAUCUGAAAAGAAUACUAAUAAUCGGUUUAAUAGGCCACUUGAAGGUGCACAUGGAUCGAAAACUUUGGUUCAACAUUAUCACACAGCUGCUGAUCCUGUGACGGGAGAGAAAUUUAAUACAAAGGAGGACAAUGGAAGAAUGAUUGGGCUGCACAAAAACAUGCUGAAAUGGUAGAUCUUCGAUUGACUCAAUCAGAAAGUGAAGAGUUCACCUCUACGGUUGAUAAUGUACACCAGCCAAAGGAUGUCAAUAUCAUGACGCAAGUCUUAGGCUCACGGUCUCGUUACGUGAAGGGUUUAGGUCCAUUACCUAAACUAUCUGUAGUGGGUGGUUCUAGAGCUACAAACAUCAGUUCAAAACAUCAGUUCAAAAUGGAAAAUUUACAACUAUGCAGAAAACAAUUGAUGAACAGAAUCUGACUAUACGUGAACAACAUCAAAAAUUUGAAGCAUUAUUGCACCAACUUCAGCAGGUCAUUCCUGGCUUCUCAUUCCAGCUUCCACCAACAUGCUCUUCAAUUCGACCUCCUCCACCACCUCCCCCGCCUCCAUCAUCGACUAUGUAGUUUUUUAUUUUGCAACAUUAUGUAAUGCACAUUUCACUACUUAUAUGUUCUUUUGGAUAAUAUUUGACAGCAAGUUGCAGUGUUUAUGUUUUAAAAAUAUUUGACUAAUUAAUAGUAAAUUGCACUUUUAUAAUGUA